AUCCAACAUCUCAUGAAUUUCGUUUUGAUAAGUCAACAAAAAAGUGUGAAUUUUAAACAAAAUAUUUUAUAAAAUAACGAAUAAUUGAAGUGAUGUCGGAAUCAGUUCCUUGUUUAUUAUUACCACAUAAGAGAGUUGUCGAAAACACGAGAGAAAGUCAAGUAUUGCUAUGGAUUUGGAAUAUUCUUCAGGAGAUCAGUGAAUUCGAUUACGAACAGUAUCUCAGAGAUGGUGUGGUUCUGUGCCGAUUAAUGAAUGCUAUAAAGAGUGGUGCAAUAAAAGGUGAGAUCACUUCGGGAACUAAUAUGAAGCAAAAGCGAGAGAAUAUCAACAACUUUCUGAAGGCGUGCUCUGCCUAUGGAGUGGCCAAAGAGUGUCUGUUUGAAGUCGAGGACCUCUUACUGCUGCAGAACAUCCCAAAAGUGACGCGUUGUAUCUUCGCGUUGGGAAAACUGGCGGCAGAGAAUUAUGAUGGCCCGGAGUUGGGCGACGAACCGUACGAACCAUUGGAUCCCAAAUCGCUAAGACGUGGAGGAAUGCCAUACGGCGAUGACAUAUAUGUGGCGCACGUCAACACCGGAGACAUUAAGAAAAUGAUUUUUUCGCAUAAUUAAAAAAUAAUAAUAAUUAAAUACAAACCGUACGAUAAAUGCUAACUUCUGUAAACUCCAGACAACUCCAGUCCAAUGUGUGUUUCAAUAUUUUUAUUGUAUUCUCAAAUAAACA